AGAAUAAGCUGCUAGAGAUAUGAUAUCAAAGCCUAAGAAUUUAUAGAAAUGGAGGGGUCGAUGAUGAUGAUGAUGAUGAUGAAGAGAGGUGUGUUGGUUAUGAUGAUUGUGGGUGCAGCUUUAAUGGCGGAAAUGAGUUUGGCAGAUCAAAGACAUAUGGUUGGGGGAAGUCAAGGAUGGCAAGAAUCUGUUGAUUUUGAUUCUUGGGCUUCUUCCCAGACCUUCAAAGUUGGUGAUCAAAUUGUUUUCAAGUACGAUUCAAGCUUGCACAGUGUGGUAGAGCUUUCGGAUGAAAGUUCAUACAAGAACUGCGACAUUGGAAAUUCAAUCGAAUCAAAGAGUAGCGGAAAUGACGCGAUUAAAUUGACCAAAUCCGGUACUCGAUACUUCGCCUGUGGAACAAUCGGUCAUUGCAGCCAAGGAAUGAAGGUCAAGAUCAAGAUAGCCACUGGCAGUGCUUCCUCUACUCCAUCUUCACCUUCUUCUUCUUCUUCUUCUUCUUCUAAUUCACCUUAUUCUCUUAUGGGUUUCAUCCUUACGCUGCUACCUUUCUAUGCCUUGAGAUCCAUGUGAAAUGUUAAUUAAAUACUUUUGAGUUGUAGUCUUUUUUGUGUUAGUUGGUUUUAAUUAUGAGUUUUUUUUUUUUGGUUUAAAUCAUGUUUUUGUUAUUUGUUUUUUUCCUUUUUAAAAUAUGGUUAUGGUAUAUGUGAACUACAAUUGAGUUAUAUUCACGUUGAUGUAUUAUUAAUAUGAGUGAGAAUAAGAUAAUGUUAUUGAGUAUUAUCAAUUAAUUUAUAAA